ACGAGUGAAGAAAGAAAGGCGACAGCGCAUGUUGUUGUUGUCACUGGCUGGUGCAUUUGUUUGUCUGUCAUCUGAAAUCUAUCUGUAGUCACACAGCAGACGUCUCUCUGCCCAAAUGGAUCCGAGCACGACCAUUCUGCGGGUGAAGAGGAAGAGAGGCACCGAUCCGGCGGACGCGCUGCUUCUAGCCUGUAAGCGGAUCCGUCCGGAGGCCGCAGCGGUUCAGCCCAGUGAUGAGAGCGAACCAGAACCGCAGGAGCCCAAGAUAGAGAACUCUGUGUUCAAACUAGUGGCCACUGUGGCAUCACAGGAUGCUCCGGUACAGACACAUGUCCGUGAGGCACUGGCACGGCCACGUCUAGCCCACCAUGCCUUGCGUCCAUCACAAGGAAGCGCUCAGAGGAUCAUAGGUGACCUGCGUAGUGUCAAAUGGAGCACCAGGCGAGAGGAACGAUACCGGAUCCUCUCCAGUCAUCGGGCAGGACUGCCCACAGAGCCUGCUCCAGCCAGAGAAGGAGAGCAGACCAAUGACAGCCAAACUGAGAGCCAAACUGAGAGCCAUGACAGCUUGCCUUUGGGAGAAGUGCAAGUGUUUGAUAUUUUGCAUGAGGAUGAUGAUGUGAAGACGCCUGGCAAGACUGUGGUUUCUGAUCCCGAGACGGUUUUGUGUAACUCUGUGAAGAUGAUUCGGGAGAAACUGAGUGUGUCGGGAGACGGUCUCGGUACUGAACAUAGAGAGAAAGAGGAUGAUUAUGUGUACGACUUGUACUACCAGGAGACAGUCACACCAGGCUGGAUACAAGACAUUCUGUCUGUUAGACCCUACACACAAGAGGGAGAGCUGGUACCUGAUGAAGUGGCCUUGGAGGAAGAGGUGUAUGAAGAUGAGGAUGAUGAGAAUGCUGAGAGCAACUGGAGAAAUGACUACCCAGAUGAGGGCAGUGAGGGUGAAAGUGAUGCUGAAGAGCGUUUUGGAGGUUGCUGGAGUGAAGAGCACUCUUACAGCAGGAGGAGCUGGGAACACUACCAGCGGGACAUGAUGGAAGAGCUAGACCAUGACAACGAUGAUAAUGAGGAAAGAGAGUAUUCUGAUUCUGACUGAGUGCCUCUGUGUGUGUGGUCAUGAGCAUGAGAGAGGCCAUUUUUACAGAGUUGUAUUGAGUGAAGCUUGUAUGUUCUUCUGUCAAAAGUGAAUGUGUGUGGUAGCCCCAUGUGCGUAUAUUUGCGUGGGUUGCUUUGAAUCGUGUGUUAGUGAGAUGAGUGACUAUUUGCGACCGUUUGAUGUGAUGGCGAGAAAGUUGGUGUGAUGAUUUGAGUUUGUGUAAGCGUGGGGUGCUUUGUGUUGUUGAUUAUGUGUGUAGUGUUUGUAAGUUCCCCAUAUCCAAGGGGUGUAAAACAAAAUGCCUGUAAAUAUGUAGAUGUGUAUAAAAAAAAAUAAAGACUU